AUGGCGGGCUUCAGCACCGCCAAUGCGCGGCCUCAGCAGGCCACUAAGCAAAUGUCUUCGCGGUUGCUGAAUAUGAAGUUCAUGCAAAGAGCGGCGGCUUCUACACCCGCAUCUUCGGCGACGCAGACACUCUCCACCGAACCACUCGCAAAGCGCCGACGUAUGGAGAGCGGAAUGUCUUCUCCUGCUGACUCUACCCCUGGAACACCCUCAAAUGAAAUCAACACCCCGGCCGUGGAUGCGCAGAGUACCGGUCUGACUCUCGCGAGAGGCGGGACAAGUACAUUUACUCGUGAGGAAGGGGCAGAUACAGAAUGGAUUCUCGAUUUGCAAAUGACAUUCCCCAGUUGUAUUGGCGCACAGACAGACGGUCAUUCGCAGUCACAGGUCAAUGGCAUCAACGAGUCCACGCCCAGAUCACGCGUUGGUGAAAACAAUGCUGGCGAUAAGGACGAAGCAGGUCAGGACGAAGAAGAUAUAUGGACGAAUCAGCCCCGUGGUCGUCAGAUGUACGGUUCAUUCAAGAAGCGGAAAUCAAGAACUUCGACAGGGACAAAUAAUCGUCAACAGGAUCAAGACGAUUUGAGCUCGGGACCAGGAGAUCCUGACUCUGAUUCCGAAUCAGAUUCAGAUACAUCCAAUUCCCCGGACAGCGAUGUUGGAAGGAAAACGCCCUCGCAGAAACGAAAGCAGAAUUCCUCCAGAGACGUCGACUCGGACGAAGAGAUGCGAAAAGUCCGUAGGGAGAUUGAGAGGAAACAUCGCAAUAUGGCGGGGCUUGGACCUAAAGGGCCAUCGGGUGGUGGCGGUGGAGGCGGAGCCCAAGGUCGAAAACGGAGGAGAGAAGAUGGGAAUUACAAGAAUCAAAAGAAAUCACGAAAGACGAUUUGA